AUGAAGAAUUUAGGCUUUUCAGAAACUCUCUUCAUUGAAGAGAUUACCAAUACGAUAAAGCAAGAUCUUAAAUUGAUUGGAAAAGGGAAAAGAGUUGUUUCCUAUGAAAAGGAAAGCAAACGAUUCGUGGACAUUCUUUUCUCUAAAGACUUAAUGUCCGACUAUGAAUCAGAAACUCUUGAAACAUCAAUGAAUCUCUUCAAAGAAUGUCUUCAUUUAAUCUUUGGCUUCCUCAACAAACUCAUCCAAGCAAAACAAGAGACGACUCCAAAAGAAAUCAUCCUCCACAAGUUUUGUUUGAAUUGCAGAUUUUGUGUGUUCGUAUUGUUUGAACUGAUGAUGUUUCCCAAUCACAUGAAUGACUUUUCUUUGGAAGAGUGGUCUAAUGAUGAUCACUUGUUAGGGAAAAUAGCUCAACAUAUUGGCAUGUUUGAUGAAAUAGUUACUGGCGUAAUGAUCUCUUUGAGUUUCCUCUCUAAAGAUUCAUUGUUUGAGUGCUUGUCUUCAGUGUAUUCAGAUCGCUACUCGAAUCAACGAACUAAAAAAGGUGAAAUGAAACUUAUCUUUACUGAGAGAAUGUUGUAUUGGACAGUAGUGGCAAGCAAGAAUAGAAGUGAGUCAUGCUCUCCAGAAACCUUAACACCUUUUCCAGCUCUAAGCGAUCAUGCUUUUGAAGCAUUGUUUAAGCAAUUAAUCCAUACCACACAAUACUUCAUUUACAUGACCUUGAAACAUCAAAAAAGAAUUGAUCGCAACUCUUCCAAUGUCAUGAGAAACACCUUACAAUGGAUCAUCAAAUUGUGGAAUAUGAAUCACUCAAAACUCCAACCAUUGCUCACGGAUUUAAUUCAACGCAAGAUCAUUGGCUUGAGUUCAAUUGAGAACAAAAACUCAUCUGAAACGUUUAAUGAGUUCUGUACAACAGUUUCAUACUUUGUCGCUGAACUGUUGUCUCAUCUCGUCAAUGAUCACUCCAACGAAUUCUCAUCAAUUGCCAAGUUUGUCAUUGGAAGUAUUGAAAAGCUUGUCACUGCAAAUUUAGUUGGAGGAAAAGAAAAGAGAAAAACAAUGGAGUUGCUUCAAACAAUACUUGUUGGAGAUGUUGAACAAUCUUCCAUCAGAAAUGUCAACCGUAUGCUUGAAUUUAUUUUGGGAAAGGUAUUACCACAAGACAAGCACUGUGAGACAAGAAUGAAAGCUUUAGAAAUUCUACAGCUUGUCAUGGACACCAACUGUCACUACUCGACCAAUGAGGACAAUCCUCAAGUUAAAUACAAUAGAGAGUCCAUCUUUCAAAAGUUGGAACUAUCGCUGAAAACUGAUCCAAAUCAAACAGUGAGACUCAAAAUAAUGGAAAUUUGGAACUCAUUAGCUCAACAAAAGAUGAAAAGCGAUGAAACAUACAUUCCAAAAUACUUUGAAAUGAUCAUUAUGAAAUGUUUCGACAAGGACAAGAGAAUUAGAAUGAAAUGUUUUCAAAUCAUUCAAGAUUUUGGAGUUUGUAAACUAAAUCAAAUCUUGUUGAAAUCAUCCCUUUUAAGAGAAGAAGGAGAUGUGCGUUCACGAAGUACAAAUAAUCUCUUUAGGAGAUCCCUUCUUCUUCACUCUGACAAGAAUGGCCUUAUUUCAGAAAUGAUAAAGAAAGUGCUCAUCUAUGGCAUUGUGGAUGAAGAGAAGAAGGUGAACGUCUCUACUCAACAAAUGUUUAUCGAACUUGUGACUUCUUUAGCUUCACCUCAAAAAGUACUCCACGAACUGGACUUGUAUUAUCAACAAACGAGGACGACGACGACGACUCAGAACUCUGGCAAUUCCAGUACUACUACUGGAGAAGCUUAUGGUCAUGUAUGGACUCUUUUUGAGAGUUCCCUCAAGAACCAUAUUGGCUUAAUAUAUGAAAGGUCGAAAUCUAUUUAG